CCCCCCCCCCCCCCCCCCAGCACAGCACAGCGCUCUGUGGAGGCGAGCGGCCCCGCCCGGCGGGGAGACAUGGGAGAUCAUAGCGAGGUUAAAGUGAAAAUACCUUUUGGAACUAAAUACCUAGACGCUAUUUUUUCAGUUCCAGACAAGAUAUUAACACACGGCGUGAUUCUUACUCAUGGAGCUGGAGGAGAUAUGAAUUUCUCUCAUUUAGUUUCUUUAGUAGCUUAUCUUGCAUCUCGUGGAAUUCUGUGCUUGAGAUUUACCUGUAAAAGCCUUAACAUUGCCUAUAGGACUAAAGCAUAUAAAUCAGUUGUGGAAUAUUUAAAGUCCUCCAGUGAAUAUAAACUUUCCAGUGUCUUUCUUGGAGGUCGUUCGAUGGGUUCACGAGCAGCUGCCUCCGUGCUACGUCAGAUUAGCCAGGAUGACAAUGAGGAUUUCAUUCGCGGUCUGAUAUGUUUAUCAUAUCCAUUGCAUCGACCAAAUCUUCAGUCCAAACUCCGGGAUGAAGAUUUAUUUUUUGUUAAGUGUCCUGUGCUGUUUAUCUCAGGAACAGAAGAUGAGAUGUGUGAAAAAAAAUUAUUAGAAGGUGUAGCAAGCAAAAUGAAGACCCCUAGAAAAAUUUAUUGGGUUGAAAAAGCAAACCAUGGCAUGGCAGCGAAAGGACGAACAGAAGAUGAUAUUAUGAUGGAAGUAAACACACAGAUUUUUUCUUGGAUAAAAGAAAUAAUUGAACAGGAGAACAAAUAACUUCCAAAAGUUAAACAUCUGUUUACAUUACGCUUCCCUAAAUAUAAAGGAGAGAGCACUAGAAAAAAGCUAUGCCUACAUGAGCCCUACUUUAUUCAGUGCAGGUUAUUCUGCAAAUAUUAAUUGUAAACAUAAGUAAAAAUGUUUUGAAUCCAAAAUAUCUGUGCAAUAUUAACAAGGUAAUAAUACUUUUUAUUAAAUGCGAAGAUCACAAAAUUUUAAUGAUGUGGCAUUACUAUUCUAUAUCUCAUUUUCAGUGGAAUUUACAACAUUUGUUGGUUUGUGUGACCAAGCAAUAUUUCCUCCCUAUUUUUUGUACUGUUUUUUCAAAGAUUAUUGUGAAAUAAAUUAAAUUUUCUAC